AUGAAUAAUAAAAGGUCGUCUGUAGAGCAACUGAUUUCAUGUCCCAUUUGCUCUAAAAAAGUUGUCUUCUCCCUGAUCAACUCACAUCUUGAUAUAUGUGGCAAAGAAAAGUCAAGACCUUCACGUAGACCACAAACGGUCUCAAGUCUUCUGGCAGGUCCAAAAAAGAGAAAGCAAAUGAAUGAUGAAAAGUUUGUUGAUCUUGAUGACGAACUUCACGAAACCGCAACGGAUAUUAAGAAUGAUAAUGAGGGCGUUAAGACUGCUGAAAAUGAAAACAAAAGAUUUAGAGCUGCUUCAUCGAUGGAAUCUACAAAACCCAUAAUAGAGUCUGCUUCGAAUAGAGGUCAACAAAAUAACAUUGAUUAUGAGAGCAGAUGGUUGCAAAAAAUAAGUCAUUUGCCAUUAAGUGAAAAAUUAAGGCCAAAAGAGUUAAGAGAUUAUGUCGGACAGCAACACAUUCUUUCUCAAGAUAAUGGUACACUAUUCAAAUAUAUAAAACAGGGAACCAUUCCAUCUAUGAUACUCUGGGGUCCUCCAGGUGUAGGGAAGACUUCGUUAGCCAGGUUAUUAACGAAGACUGCAACAAUCAGUAAUAGUGAGUCAAACGUCGGUUCUAAAUAUUAUAUGAUUGAAACAAGUGCAACAAAGGCAAACACACAAGAGUUAAGAGGUAUAUUCGACAAAUCUAAAAAGGAAUAUCAAUUAACCAAAAGAAGGACUGUACUGUUCAUUGAUGAAAUCCAUAGAUUCAAUAAAGUUCAACAGGACUUGUUACUACCUCAUGUGGAAAACGGUGAUAUCAUUCUAAUUGGUGCAACAACAGAAAACCCGAGUUUUCAGCUAAAUAAUGCUCUGAUCAGUAGGUGUUUGAUCUUUGUCUUGGAAAAGUUGAACAUUAAUGAGCUUUGUAUUGUCCUAUCGAGGGGGAUUGCGUUGUUGAAUAAAUGCCGAAAGCAGGUUUGGAAUAUUGAAAAUCCUUUGAAGUUAUCUAGAAACAUAUUGGAGUAUGUGGUAGAUCUAUCCGUAGGCGAUACAAGGAGAGCUUUAAAUAUGUUGGAAAUGAUUGAAAUCUCUACAAGAGAACGCAAAGUUGACGAAAAAGAGUUAUCUACUGAUGACCUUCGGAAUAUAAUUAAAAACAAUAGCAGUAAUGGACUUAAUACUUAUUAUGAUCCAAAGGGCGACAAUCACUAUGAUACUAUCUCAGCGUUUCACAAAGCCAUUAGAGGAGGGGAUGAGAACGCCUCAUUGUAUUAUUUGGCAAGAAUGUUGCAGGGGGGAGAAGAUCCAUUGUAUGUAGCGAGAAGGAUGAUUCGAAUAGCUUCUGAAGACAUUGGAUUACGAGAUAAUUCCUUAUUACCGCUGGCUGUCGCAGCGCAUGAUGCAGUGAUGAAAGUUGGCCUACCAGAAGCAGACCUUGCUUUGGCACAAUGUUGUGUUGCAUUGGCCAGAGCGCCCAAAUCAGUGGAAUUAUAUAGAGCUUGGAAAAAAUUAAGGGCAAUGAUGAGUGAAAAUAUGUAUAGUUUAGCAAGCAGCGAAAUACCAAUGCAUAUUAGAAAUGCACCAACUAAACUAAUGGAAGAGCUGGGUUACCACAGAGGCUACAAGUAUAACCCUGAUUACAUUGAAGGGAAAGUCCAGCAAGAUUAUUUUCCUAAAGAAGUACUCGAGAAAUGCUCAGAUAAGAUCGACUUGGAGUUCCUGGAUGGUAAACAUUUAGGAGAUAAAGAAGAUCCUGACUUAAAAUAG